AUGAAGCAAUCACUAACUUCUUUACAUCUCUUCGUCGUCGUAAUCACGACAUUGUCAAUCUCUUCUAUGAUCACUACAACCGCCGCCCAAACCAUUACAGACACCACCGGAAGAGAGGUGAGAAAUGGUGGCAAGUACCACAUCAUCCCGAUCCAGGGUGGCAGAAUCAAUUUAACCGAUGAGAAAAUCUGUCCACUUAACGUGGUGAUGAACCCGUCGUCUAAGGAUAAACCAGGUGACGGGUUUUACUUUGCUCAUUAUACACGUGAUGCGUUUCUCAGAACAUCACGCAUUCUCAGUAUUGAUUCAGGCAAAAAAAAUGUGUCUGGAUGUAAUAAGUCGACCAUUUGGACAAUUCCUAAUGCUGAAGCAAAGGCGCCUUCGAACUUGAUUACAACUGGUGGUGAUAUGAGAAAGUGUUUUCAGGUUGUGAUUUAUCCGAAUAGGAAGUAUAGGACACCUACCUACAUGCUUCAAUAUUGUCCCUCAUUUUGUGGUGUUAGUGUAGCUACUAAAACUUGCUUUAACAUAAGCGUUUAUUCGUAUAAAGGGGUCACACGUCUUGCUUCGAGUGGAGGUACUCCUUUUGAGUUUGGAUUUUAUAAAUUAUAA